AUGAUAAUAGUAUUGUGGAUAGUUUUAUUUGGGGUCUCUUUAUGCGAUCCUAAUAAUUACCCAGUCGUCUUUAACUUCUCAGAUGUUGUUUAUGAUGAUGGUCUUGGGGGAUUUAGUAAAGAGAUGGUUCAGCUUAUUGUGACAGAUAAGCUGCAGUUAGACAAAGAUGAAGGUUUUCUUAAAACAAAUAUUGAUUACAGAGUUAGGUUUAAUGGGCAAAUUGAACAAAAGACUCCUGCAUCUUAUGAAUAUUCAAUUAAUGCAUAUGUUUACUCAUACACUCGUCAUUUUGAUUACGCACUGUUUUGCUUGCCAAUUGAAGGAGAAUGGAAUAUUGGAGGAACUGUUGGCAUACAUAAUGCUAGCUGUUGUCUCAGAGCUAAAGCCACUGCUUCAACAAAAACUUAUACAUUCGGAUGUUCUCUUGAUAGUGACACUUCUCAAAAAUGGACAAUGAAGCUUGUGAAAACUCAUAACUUAUUUGCAUGGCAGUUUUAUUCACUUCAAUACAAAGCUCAGAGCGGAUCUUCAUUUUCUCCAGCUGCAGGAGAAUUAAAUCUUACUUUUUGGGAUCAAGAUGGCUCAGUAACAACAGAGGCAAUGACAACAUCAGAAACAUCUUAUUUCAUCCCAGAUUAUCAUUCUAUUGGUCAUAUGUCUGAAGGAGGAACAGUUGAUUAUCAGCUGAAUGGCCAAAUUCCCAUAUUUUCGAUUUAUAAUGAGCUUAAUGAUGGAGGAGUUCAGCAUAGAAACGUCACGAAAUCACAGUACGAAGAUAACUAUAUUAUCAAAUUUGAUUUCCAAAAGGGUUCUCAGUACCUAUAUCAAGAUAACCUAAUGAAAGUAAUUGGCCAGAAAUCUUCAAGUGAUAGUACAACUUAUACGAUCUCAGAGAAAUUUGAGAAUCCCAAUAAAAUAAUUCCAACAAGUCUUGGAUGGGUGUUCGGACCUUCUACUACUUUGGAGACAUCUUUGAUUCCUUAUCUAAAAUCUUUCCAAUUUAUGGUUGAAGUAGAAGCAUUCUGACUUGAAGCUGGGUGACAAUUUGGAUUUGAAUUCCAAGACGAGGCAGGGAAUCUGGCUUCAAACACUUAUCAAUUAACUGAUUCAGGAUCAACAAUUUCUCCUUCAUUUAGUAAUUCGAGUCCUCAUCUCGUCCUUCAAAAUUUUUCGCUCUCUUAUCUGGGAGCGUUUGCAUGGAACAACACCAGAAUGGAGAAUGCAAUAAAAACUAAAUAUUUAAGAACGAGUGAUGAUGAUGCUGAUAAAACUGCUAGUGCUACUUUUCAUAAUGGAGAUCCAACCCUUCCUACUAUUGACGAAGUUAAGCUAGUCAUGAACUUCGAGAAAAUUAUGAUUAGCACAGUCAAGUUUUAUAGACACUUAAAAAGUACUCCUGACGUCAGAGAUGAAUUUGAUUCCUACAAAGAAGCGGAUGAUGUUAAGUUUAACUUCAUGCAAGGAUAUGCAACAUAUCCUGCUCCAAUCACAAGUCAACCAGAUGUAUGAGAGCAGUUUAUGUCCCCUAAUAAUGUAUGCCUCAAACAAGAUGCGAACUCUAAUUCCUACUGCCAGCAAGAAUUUUCCCAAGUGUAUAAUUUCUGUGCUGACACUUGAGGUGACGGAAUCAUCCAAGUUCCCCAAACAUUAGAAUGAGACGACGGAAAUAUUAUAAAUGGAGAUGGCUGCAACAGCAACUGCAAAAUUGAAACUGGGUAUGUCUGCUCACUCGAUUCUCAGGGUAAGUCCACUUGAAUCAGGUCGUGAGGCGAUGGAGUCAAGCAAUCACUCGAACAGUGAGACGAUGGUAAUGACCAAGAUGGCGAUGGCUGAAACUCACGCUGAUUCAUUGAGAAUGGCUACAAGUGAGACUUCACCGACCCUAAAACUUAUUGAUAUCCAAGCUGAGGAGACCAAGUGCUUGACACUGGAGAACUGUGAGAUGAUGGUAAUCUAUAUAAUGGAGAUGGUUGAAGCAAAACCUGCACUCCAGAAACAGGCUUUAAUUGUGAUAAUACUGAAAUGCCGAGCAAGUGAACUCCAUUGUGAGGUAAUGGAGUUAAAGACUCAGGAGAAACUUGAGACGAUAAGAACUCAAUGGACUUUGAUGGGUGUGAUAAGAACUGACAAAUUGAAGACUCAUAUAACUGCGAGUAUAACGAGACUUUAGGCAGAGAUUUGUGAAUAUCCACAUAUUUCCCACCCAUCAUCACAAGUAACCAACUUGAUUAUCUUACAUCUGAAAUCAAGUUUACCUUUAAUGACACAAUGACGAAGUACAACUUUACAGGCAGUGAAGUAUCACUUGCUUUUGUAGGUCCUGCCUUUUCAUACAAGACCUCAUCAAAGCUAUCUUACAGUUCUAAUAACAUUCUUACGCUUAAAUACUCAGUGUCUCCUUCGAUUGUUGGAGGAUCCAAUGAAGAGUUGCUUGUCGCUUUUUCAGAAGUGCAGGCUUUUGAGAGCACAAGUUCAAUUCCAAUAUCUAAUCAGUAUGAAUUCAAAUACAAGUUUGACGUUCUGCCAUCAUCAGAGACAGCCAAAGGAGCUUCAUCAACAGCUUCGAUAACACUGGUGGCUUCAUUUGUAGUCUCUGUUGGUAUCAGCGUGUUCACUGGAAAGUCAAUGGAACAGAUGUGGUCUCUUGCCAACACUCUCCAAAUUGUAUUCUUCUUGGGGCUCAUGAGCAUAAACUUUCCUCCUAAUUUAAGAGCUGCUUUUGAGUUCAUGAAAUACUCAAACUUCGACAAUCCUGUCACGAGCUUGGCUGCUGAGUGGUUGCUUACAACUUUAAGUUUUGGUUCAUUAGCUAUCGAUGGGAACUUUGCUGAAUUAGGAUUUGAUAGCUCCAAAAUAAUCUUCAAUUCACUUGACAAAGUACUGAUGAUUCUGGGAAUUGUCUUUGGAAUAGUAUUGUUCUCUAUAUUAUCCAAGCGAGCCAAAGGUAAAUCCAAAUGGUACUGGAAGCUUGUUGUCAAAAUAGAUAACUCCUUAAGAUACGAGUCAAGCACCCGCUUUAUAAUUGAGAUAUCAAUGGUGCUUUCCAUGUCCAUAUUUGUGAACUUGCUUUAUUCAGAACAGAAGGGAGCUGUUGCAAUAGCUUCAUACUGCAUCUCAAUAAUGAUGAUGAUGACUUUGCUCUGAGUUCUAAUUUAUUGUUAUGCAUUUCCAUUGCUGAAUUAUGAAAAUAUCAAGACUUACCCAGACAAGUUAGAAAGACACUGAAUACUAUUCUUGGAAUUCAAGAGAAACAACCCAAAGACACUUCAGUUUUACUACUUCUUCAUGACAAGGAGAAUACUCUUAGCAGCCAUCCUUGUCGGAAUGAAGGAGAAGGUGCUCUGACAGCUCGUCUGAGUUUUGAUUCUGUUUUAUUGGAACUUGAAGUACCAAAUACAACAACGGCCCUUUGCAAGUGCAUCCAACAACUUUCUGAAUGUUUAUAAUGAAACUUCCUUGCUGUGAUUUGUAAUAACUUUGAGCUUAAUGAAUUCUUGAAAUGAGUCAAAAAUUAUUGUAAUUGGAUAUGCUUCAGUUGGUUUAAUUAUCAUAUUUUUCAUUGUUAAUAUAACAAUAAUUCUUUCUUUGAAAAUAUCAGAGAUUUGAAGUUUCAAAUGUAAGAAGAAAAAGAGAGACAAGAAAAAUCCCAAAACAGUAGUUCCUACUGUGCGAGUUGAAAUUGGGAAUUCUAACAUCAGCAUUGUAGGAAGAGAUUUAAAUAACCCUGAGAAGGAGUUAGUUGGAAAUAUGAACCUACAGACAUAUAUAUCAAAGUUCAACAAAGAAGUCUGUGUGUUCAAACUUAACACAGCUAGACGGAAUUUAGAUCUGUAA